UCGAGCGUCAGUGCACGUCUCCUGCGCAGCAAUCAAUUGUAGCGAAAGAACGCCGAAUGUGGUCGUAGUUCAGUGGCGCGUGAGUCCCGCUGUAAGAUGGCCGUGUCGUGGUACGCCGUGCUCGCGCUCGCCGUCACUGCGCUCGGGGCUACUAUUGGACCAACAGAAAAUCAAAUAUUGGAGAAGUCGGUCUGUGGUCGGGUGUGGGUGACAGUACACUCGCCCGAAAUCCGGUUAGCUGCUUCAGUAACUCUCUUGGAUGCAGUGGAACUUAAUUGGGACUUCAACGGGUGUUUUACUACACCGAAACAAAUUGGACUAUUCGACGAUAGACCACAAUCAUGGGAUAACGCUCUGUCAGUUUUUCGAGUGACAUCUCCAGAAGGUCAUGUCAUCACGAACAUGUCUUUGGGUGAAGGAACCCUGCCCGCGGGCUGGGCCCAUGGCGCUGGGGCCAAAGGUCCUCAGUGCCUUUGGCCGUGGGUUGCCGCAGGAGACAAUAAUGAAAUGCUAGCCUUUAAUUGCUUGAAGAUACAACCUACGUGGAUGGAAGACGCAGGGUCUAAAAUCAACAACCUGCGUAUCGGUGACUUAGCUAUAGCGGGGACACAUAACGCAGGAGCGUGGAAGUUCAACACCGAAGUCAGCUCCGUGUCACGGGACAGCUUCGUGCUGUGUCAAGAUCGGUCAAUUUGGGGCCAACUAGUACACGGCAUCAGAUACUUUGACUUCAGAAUUGCUUAUUACGACUUCUACCAAAACGAGGAAGACAGAUAUUGGUUGAAUCACAACUUAAUUCGAGUCCGUCCGUUAGUGCCGCUGUUGAGGGAAAUAAGAGCUUUUCUGGACGUCACGAAAGAGGUAGUAUUCCUAGACGCCCAUCACUUCCCCGUCGGUUUUUACCAGCAAGAUGGGGCACCAAUCAGGUCUGUGCAUGCAGGACUACUGGAAAUAGUGCAGAGAGAACUGGGGCCCCACUUGGCCCUAGCCAAUCAGUUUGGAACCGGUGUAGGUACCAAGGGGCCCACUCUGCAGACGCUCAUCAAUGCUGACAAGCGUCUACUCUUCAGUUAUGUUGAUAACUCUAUUGUGUCCCAAAACUCUUGGCUUUGGCCCAUCCUGCCUCAUUUAUGGGCUAACACGAACAGUCCGACGGAGUUAUUCCAGUACUUAGACAGGGCAAUAGCGUUGUCUCCCCAACCUUCGGCGCGGUCGCCGCUUUUUUCUGCAAUGGCGCAGACCACUCCCACCGUACUCGACAUCCUCUUCCUGCGAGGCUCACUGCGUGACAACGCUGACGCUGUCAACCGCAACGUGACAGCACGCCUCGCGACACGCUGGCGCACUCAAGCCAACAUCAUUUCCACCGACUUCUUCUUAGGCAACGAUGUAGUAGAUUUGUCCAUAAAGAUCAGCGUCGAGCGGGCCUCCCGUUUAUGACGUCGUCAUAAACGCUUCCGAAGCGGGGGACUGCACGUUAACGCAGCUAGACGCAGCCGCGUCCGCAGUGACGCUCCCGGCCAUCGCUCGCCAUGGCUCCCGUACCGAAGGACGCGCCAGCUACACUUACACAAACAAUUAUUUAUCUAGUACCAGCUGAUCGCGGAUUCCCGCCUCAUCACUGCCAUACGUAGAGCAUCCAGUAGUGACAAGUAGUGAGAUAUUUUUAUAUAUUUAAUUUGUAUAUAGGUUGUAACUAGUCUGACAGUCCUUUAAAAGGAUUGCCAAUAAUUUGUACAUAAAAUACAGAUGUGCCAAAGAG